UACCUAAAAGCAGGCCAUGACAUCUCUCAGUCUUCUCUCUGUGUCAGCCAUUUUACUCCAUCAAAGUCUAGGAAUUUAUAAUUUUCGCAAUUUACUUAUCUGCGAUAUCUAUCUAUAUUACAAAUAAUCCAUGGUUUAAAAGGCAUGAUUAUUUUGAAGAUGCACACAGUAGUGUGUGUCGUUUAGGUUAUUUCUAUCGUGCAUCUCAUACGAAAAAUUAUUUUUACAUAACAAUUACAACGCGUAUUACAUCAUUCGUUGUAAAAGAAAAUUUUACUGUCGAUGCCGCCAAUAUAAUCUCGAAUGACCGUUUAAAUUGUCAUUUAAUAAAAAGACUUGAACUAUAACUAUGAAUAAAUUAUCGUCGAUUAUUGAACAAAAUGUGCGAUUGCAAUUGCGGCGUAUAAACACGACUGUUAGAAAAGAAAGACAAACGCCAUCCGAAUAUUGUUUGCAAUUAGUUAGGAGAAAUGAUUAUGAAAACUUUCUGUGUACAUUAUUACUUCCACAUAAUAUUAAAUCGGCGGCAUUUGCUAUACGCGCGUUUAAUGUCGAAGUGGCUCAAGUGGAGGAUCAAGUGAGCGACAAUAAGAUAGGAGCCAUGCGAUUGCAAUUUUGGACAGAUGCUCUAAACAAUAUUUAUAACGAUCAACCACCCAGGAGCCCUGUAUCGCUGGAACUACACAGGAUCCUCCAACAACACAAGCUCUCUAAACGUUAUUUUAAGCGCUUGAUCGACGCUCGUUUAAAUAAAUUAAGUAACUCGAUAUUCAUGGACUUGGAAUCGCUCGAGCAAUACUGCGAUUAUAUCGCCUCGUCGAUAUAUUUCCUGUUACUGGAGGCGAACGGUACGACAAACGUCAACGCUGAUCAUGCGGCCAGUCAUUUCGGCAAAGCGCACGGUUUAGUUACUUCGAUACGAUCCGUACCGUAUAACGCUCGAAGACGAAUUAUGAUUCUGCCCCAGGACGUUCUACUGAAGAACAGCGUCUCCUCGGAAUCCGUCUUCCAGGGGCAGUCGAGCGCUGGACUUAAAGACGCGGUAUUCGAAGUCGCGUCUUGCGCCAAACAACAUCUAAAAGUGGCAACGUCGCUUAAAAAAGCAAUGGGGAAAGACUUCAACGCGAUAUUUCUGCCGGCAGUUUGCGUGGAAAGUUAUUUAGAGGAACUACGAAAAGUAGACUUUGAUGUUUUUCACCCGACAUUACAGAGAAGAAAGGGCUUUCUCCCGUUAAAAUUAUUUUGGAGAAAAAUGUGGUCUUAGUAAUUAAAGAUUGAAAUAAGUUUAAGGUA